GCGGCAGCAGGAGCGGCUGGGACGAGAAAGAAUGACUGAAGAUUAAAAGGACAAUGGGCUGCAUGUAUCCUGAUGGCAUCUUGUGUACAGUGACAAGUUACUUGCUAUGGCAUCUGAGACUGAAAAGGCUCAUGCUCUUCUCCAAACUUUCAGCACAGCUUCAGUUAUUUCCAGUUUAGGAUUGGGAAUAUUCUGCUUCAUAGCAGACCGACUUCUGCAGUUCUCUUUCAUUCAGCAACACGACUGGCUCCGAGCUCUCUCUGAUAAUGCAGUGCAUGGUGUGGUGGGAAUAUGGUCCUGGGUGAUAGUGAUUGGGCUCAGGAAGAAGAGUGACUUUAGUGAAGUCAUUUUAGCUGGUUUCCUCUCUUCUGUCAUUGAUGUGGACCAUUUUUUUCUAGCUCGCUCCCUUUCAUUACAGGCUGCUCUGACUCUUCCGCAAAGACCACUUCUUCAUUGUUCUACUGUGAUUCCUGUUGUGGCUGUGACAUUAAAGUUUAUUAUGCACCUUUUCAGGCUUAAAGACUCAUGGUGCUUUCUUCCCUGGAUGUUGUGUAUAUCCUGGACUUCUCACCAUGUCCGUGAUGGAAUUCGUCAUGGCCUCUGGUUCUGUCCAUUUGGAAAAACUGCUCCCUUGCCAUACUGGUUUUAUGUGGCAAUCACAGCAUCUUUACCUCAUCUGUGUUCAUUUGUUAUGUAUUUAACAGGUACUGGAGAACUAAUGUCUAUAAAACAUGGAAUUCACAUUGAUGUCUAAGGAUGAUAGUCCUUGGAAGUCACUUGUUUUGAAGAUUAUAGUGAAGUUGAUCCCUGUGCAUUCCUCAUGAUUUCUAAAUUAGGCAAUUUGAAGCCAUGGAGCCAUUUAUAAUUCCAGAAUUGAUUAUUUGUGGCUACAGAAAUCUGUUGUCUGAAUGAUGUUGAUGUAAUUUCCAGGCAUCCUCUUCAUGACAUCUGUUGUCUUCAAUGUCAGUUCUGUAAUAGCUAAUUAAUAUAUAAAAUUCAGUCAUUCCUAAAUAUUUAAAUUUCCUCCUCCUCCUAUUAUCUCUGCUAUAGUAGUGCCAUUCCUCUGGUCACCCUCCACUUUGGGAAAUAUGUUCUCCCUUUGAGCACCCACUUUUUUUCCCUAUAAUUAACAUUUGCACAGAACUUUGAAGAUGCAAAGCACUACAAAAGUGCUAAGUAUUAGAAUUCAGUGCUGUAUAUCCCUUCUGAGAAAUAUCUAACAGCUGUUUUUUGUAACUUGUUAGUUUACCCCAUUUGAGUCUAACUUCUUGUAUUCAAAUGGCUGGAAAAAUAAUGCUGUUUGUUUUUUCAGGAUGUGCUACUGAUUGUCUUGGGAACACUUAACAGUGACUGCUAUUUAGUAAAAUGUAUUCCAAGCACUGCUCUUGCAUAGUUGCCUGAUACUCAAUUUCCAAAAACCUCUUAUCUGGGAUUUUUGUUUAGAAAAGAGAAAACAAUUAGUUUAGGAGUAUUGUGUCUGUGAAAUUACAGAAGGUUUGCAUUAUUUAAUACUAAUAAAUAUUAAUAAUUUUAUCUAAUAUUUAAACAAUUGUGUUAAAGGCUUAUUUGCUGCAGGAAAGUAUAAGCUUUAAAGAAUUUUCAGUUAAAUCCUAAGAAAAUUUAAAUGACUCCAGAAAUAUAGCCAUUGUAUUAAGAGUUUACUACUGUAUCUAUUACCUGUUACUGUGAAGCUUUUUUUAGCUGCAGCAGCUUCUACUAAAUAUAAUAUUGUUCCUCUACUUAAAAACAAAAGCACUUCAUU